UGUCCAACUCAGUAUAACCAUCCUUCAGAUUCAUCGAAUUUCAAUUGCAGUCUGCUGCUUAAUCGAAGGAUUUGAGAUGGCAGCUUAUGCAGCUGUGGUUUCUGUGAUGAACAUUAUUGAGCAGAUGAUGAGCCAUCCUCGCCUUUCAACUGUAUUCGACAAGAAACAGAUUGAAUCCAUUGGGGAAAAGGCUGAUGCCUUGCUCGACUUGAUUACCAACAGUAAUAUUGAUGGAGGUAGCAAAGAAGCAUCAGAUCUGGAGAGUCAAAUCGCAUCUGCAGCUCACGCAGCUGAAGAUGUGAUUGAAUCACACAUUGUCGAUCAAAUUCAUGCUGGAGAGAAUCCAGCAUGGAUGCCGUGGUGCUGGCUAUGGAGAAAUUCAUGCUUGUGGCUAUGGAGAAAUCCAUGCUUCUUGGAUCUGCAACAAAUAAUUGAAGAAAUGGAUGGUAUCAUGAGAAAGGGUGCUGAGCUCAAGGAGAAAUGGCGAGUGAGAGAGGAGCAAGCUGCACAUGACGUGGAUGUUGUGGAGGAGAAACAACCUCUCACCACCACCACCGGAAAGGCUUCUCCGGUGGGACUAGAAGACGAUGUGAUCCACAUCAUGGAGAAGCUCACCAUACAUCAACCCGAGCAGCAUAUCAUCUCGAUUGUGGGGAUGGGCGGCACGGGUAAGACCACGCUUGCCCAAUAUGUUUAUGAAAAUUCAUUCAUCCAGAGACACUUUGACAUUCGUGCUUGGGCUACUGUAUCUCAACAAUACAGUGCACAAGAAAUCUUUUCAAAACUUCUCUCUAGCAUAGGGCAAAGUGGAAGUGGGAAUGAUUUAGGGGUAGAGUUGCAUCAAACUUUAUGGGGAAGAAGAUAUCUGAUUGUAUUAGAUGACAUAUGGAGUGUCGAAGCUUGGGAUGAGGUGAAGCAUUACUUUCCUGAUAAUGGGAAUAGAAGUCGGAUCGUUUUAACUACUAGGUUGUCGGAUGUGGCUAGUGAUUGUAGCUCUAGUUCUUGCAUCACCAUGAAACCUUUAAAAAAGGAUCAAAGUUGGGUGUUGUUUUGCAGAAGCGCUUUCCAGCAAGAACAUUGCCCUUAUCCUCAACUAGAAAGUGUGGGAAAUGAGAUUGUUAGAUUGUGCAGAGGACUACCCUUGUCAAUCGUUGUGAUUGGAGGAUUUCUUCUCAAAUCGCCUAGGAUUGUAGGAUUCUGGGAGGUUGUUGCCAAGAAUAUAAAAUCAAUCCCCAAUUCAAUAGAGAAGCAAGAGAUCUUAGAUGUGUUAUCUUUAAGCUAUAAUCACUUGCCCCCUCAUCUGAAACCAUGUUUUCUUUAUAUGGGAAUUUUUGAGGAGGGCCGUGAGAUUCGUGCAUCACGAAUCAUCAAAUUUUGGGUUGCUGAAGGAUUUAUCAAACCGAAGACAGACCAAAUGUUAGAAGAGAUUGCAGAAGGGUACUUGAAUGACUUAGUUGAUAGGAAUCUUGUUCUUGUUGGCAGGCAUCGAUAUAAUGGGAAGAUUAGGUCUUGUCGACUUCACGAUCUGAUAAGAGAUCUGUGCUUGAAAGUCUCUGAGAAAGGCAAGUUCUUCUAUGCCAAGAGGGCACUCGACAACAUGACUGAGGAGCGUCGCUUCGUAUGUCAUGACUUCAUCGAGAGUGAAGAUGUUCAUGAGAUGUCUGAUGGUCUGAAGUCAGCGCAGCUUCUUCGUUCUCUGGUAUGCAGAGGGUUCAAGCUGCCGGUUGUGUUUAAGUUGUUGAGAGUUUUGACUAUGGCUAGCGACUGUUCCGUGGAAGAUAUAAUGCAGAACUUGAACUUGCGGUUCCUUACUUUCCAAACUUGGUACUCCUGGGUGAGGCUUCCUUCUUCAAUAUCCUUCAUUUGGAACCUGCAAACAUUGACAAGUGAUGCGGAACUUGUCGUUGCACCAAUUGAAAUUUGGAGCAUGUCACAACUUAGGCAUGUGGAGUGCAAACAGAUUUAUCUUCCCCAUCCUCCUCCUCCUCCAAAUGACUGUGUUGUCAUGGGAAACUUACAGACACUGAUAAAAACAGUAAAUUUGAGGUUGAGUGAGGAGGUGUGUAAGAGAAUUCCCAACACCAACAAAUUGCAUCUAAUCUACAAUAAAAAGUUGAAGGGCUAUGAUGAUGGCUUGUUCGACCAUCUCCACAAUCUUGGCAGCCUACGUAAACUUCACUCACUAAAGCUAGUAGUUUCCACCUUUCCUAACCGAUCCUCAUGCAAUGCAGAUCAGCUCAAGUGUGCAUUUCCGGUAUCUCUGAAGAAGCUGUCACUGAAAAACUGCAGUCUCGACUGGAACGAUCUAACAAUCAUCGGUUCUUUGCCCCAAUUAGAAGCUCUCGAGCUAGGUGAUUCCGUCAAGGGACAGAACUGGAGUCCGGUUGACGGGGAGUUUCUCCGCCUUAGAUUCUUGAGCAUUGACAGCUGUGAUCUGAUAUGUUGGGAUGCAGACAGCUCCCAUUUCCCAGUUUUGAAGAAGCUUAGACUUGAAGGAUUGGAGCACUUGGAAGCGAUCCCUUUGGAUAUUGGAGAAAUUCCGACGCUUGAAAUGAUCAGCGUGGUUAGAUGCAGCGAGUCUGCUGAGAUUUCGGCGAUGAAAAUAAAGGAAGAACAAGAGAGUCUAGGAAAUGAGGGCCUUCAAUUCCAAAUAUCAUCAUCCAAGAGAGACUAUGAAGAACAACAAAUGACAUUACCAGAAAUAAUAAGGCGCUGGACUGAGGCAGCCAACUUUCUUUAUUACAAAACGUGGUUAUGGUCAACAGAUUACAUUUUGCUGUGUGUUUGAUUUUAUAUUUGGUAUCGGAGAUUCAAGAAAGAAGUUUGGAGGAUCGAAGGGAAAAAAAUCAAGACCAUCAAAGUUUGUUUCUUCUAGAAGAGAGAAAUAAUCAUUAGAUAGUGAGAAAAAUGUUGAAAUAUUUGGUGAAGAAUGGAAAGAAGCUGCGCAUGGUUUGAGAAAAGAACUGAAGAUAUUGGGCAGCUAGAGUUUGAGAAGAGUCGCAUAUCUGAACUUUACGUUUUAUUAGUAAAGUUAGUUACAUUUUUUGUUGUUUUUUUCCAGCUGUCAUUUGUAGAUAGCUUUAGCUAUAAAUAGCUGUCUCUUUGUUAUUCUCUAUUGUAUUGAGUAUUCUCUCUUUUCACUAGGAAAUAAAGCUGCGUUUUCUUCUUCUUCAA